AGGUUGAAAGAGAAAAAACAGAAAUUAUUUGUGGAGAGACAAGAAGCCAUAGUACAGAGAGAUAUUAAAGAAUCUAAGAUUGAUAAAUGGAGAGAGACAGUGACACAAGAAAUGUUUGACAUUAAGCAGAAAGCUGAAAUGAAAAAGAUGGCUGACAAGACACUGAAUUCUGUUAGAAGUAAAAUAAGUGAAACCAGUAGAAAGUUAGAUUUAUUAAAAGGUUUACAGAGAUUGAGAAAAAUUCGAAUGGAGGCUGCUAUUAGAAUAGGUCGGUAUACUCCAGAUGAAAGUGAAGAAAGUUUUGAAAAUCAAAUAUCCAAGGCUUACAGUAUUUUGACCAAUCAAAGAGAAGUAUAUGAAGGAGAGGAAAAAACAUUGAAGGUAUUACUUGAGGCAGAACAAGAAGAAAAUAAGGAUUUAGCUAAGCAGAAAAAACAGCAAAUAGAAGAACAUAGGGAAAGACUACAAUUGAAAAAGAGAAAUGAAAUGUUAUUUGGAAAAAAAGUGAGUUUUGAUGCAUCUGAACCUCAACAUACAUUUUACCAAUAUUAUAAUCAAGCCAAUGAAAAUUUUACAUCUUUUCUUCAAAUUAGGCAAAGUUGGGAUUGCUACAUUGUGGAGAAUUAUGUGUCAGGGAGCAGUAGAAUACCAGAUGGAUGGGUGUUACCACCACUACCAUCAAAUGAUACAUGGGCUAAAUAUCUUCAAACAUAA